GAUACAUUUUUACAAUUUAAAAAUUAUUACAUAGAAUUGAAAUAUGAAAAAUGUGUAAAAUUAAAUAAUACAUAUAUAGGUUUAAAAAAAUUAAAAAGAAAAAACACAAAAAAAUGUUUAUAUAAUUUAAGUCAUCUAUGCCAACCAUUUUUAGUAUUUUUAUCAAGCUUAGAUAAGAAUGAGUAUUUAAAUAAUUUUGAUUACAUAAAAUUAUUGUAUAACAUUUAUUAUAGUAAAUGUUUAAAAUUUUAUAAAUUUAUUCAAAAUUGAAAAUUAAAUAUAUUGGAGAAAUAUAAACUAAAAUUAUGUUUAAUUGAAAGUUUUUAUUUUUUUCCAUAUAAGAAGACAACAUAUGCAAUUGCACUAGUCAAUCUUGAUAAUUAUUCUAUAAAUGAUGUUAUAACGAAAUUCUAUAUGAAGAGAGGAGAAUAUAUAACUUCUGGAAGAAAAAAAAAAUUAGGAAAGGAUAUUUCAAAUAAGUAAGUAAAAUACAAAUUGAAUAGAAUUAAAACAUAUAAAAAUAAUCAUAAAAAAAAAAAAAAAAAUAAUAAUAAAGAAAAAUGUAAUUUUAUAGAAGAGAAUUUAUUCUUUAGUGUUUCAAUUAAUAUAUAUAAAUUACUAAAUAUUAACGAAAAUGAUGAUUUUGUAUUGUUUUAUGAUUUUUCUUUUAGAUUUUUAGAAUAUGCAGAAACAUAUAAAAGAAUCUUAAACGACAUUUCACUUUUAAAUGAACGUAGAGAAAAAUAGGAUCAUCAAAAUAAAAAUAAUUUAUCUAAUAUAAAUUUAAAGAAUAAAAAUAAAGUAUACUACCCAUUAACAAAUAAGUUGAAUAAUUUGAAUGCAAAAAAAAAUAUAUUUUCUAAAAAAAAAAAAAAACAAAAAUUAAAUAAAAGGAAAAACUCAUUAAAUAGUAAAAACACAAUGGAAAUACACAAGCAUAUUGUAAAAUUAAAAAAUAUAUAUAAUAAAUUUAAACCAAAGAAAAGUGGAUUUAGUUUAAUAAAGAAUUAUUAUUAUGAUUUAAAAAAAAAAAAAAAGAUAAAUACCUUUUUAAAUAAAAAUAAACAUGUUAAAUGUAUUGAUUUUUUACUAGACGGUGAAAAUGAAUCUAUUGAAAAUCAAAAUUUAUAUAAAGUUAGAAAUUAUCUUGAAUAUAUUAGGAAAAAAAAAAAUUUAAAAAUUUCAGAUAAAUUUCCUCAUAUAUGUAUUUACUCUAAUAGAAAAUAUAAAAUUAAAAUUAUCAAAAAUUUCUAAAAAAAAAAAAAAAUUCAUUCUACAAUAGAAAAAUAUACAGAAAAUAUAUAUUUAAAUAAUUUAAAUAAUUUAAAUAAAUAUACUCAUGAAAAUAUUAGUGUAAAUGAAGAAGCUAGAAGUAGAGAAUCAAUAGAAUAUUCUCCUAUAACAGAAAUCAAUAAAAAUAAAGAAAUAAAAAUUAUUUAAAAAAAAAAAAAGGUAAAUAAAGCAUGGAUUAUUUUAAAAAAAAAAAUAAUUUAUUAAUUGAAAAAAAAUGAUAUAAUAAAAAAAGGAGAAACUAUAAUUAAAAUAAUAAGAUUUGAAAUAGAUAUAUAUAUAUAUAUAUAUUGUACAAGAGGAAUAAUAAAGAAUUUAGAUGAUAAGUUUAUUAUACUUGAAAAUGUAAGAAUAAAUUAAAAUGAUAAAUUAACUUAUUCUUUUAUUAAUAUUUAUGAUAGAUAUAAUGGUUUAGAAUGUGUUAAAUAUAUUAAAAAAAAGAUAGUAAAAAAUUUUCAAAAAUAAGUUUUUUAUUUAUGUGGAGAUAUAAUUUUAUCAAAGAAUAUAUAUAAUGAUAUUAAAUUAUCAAUAUUUAAAGAUUUUAAAAAAACAGAUGAUGAUUUUUUAUAUAAUUUAAAUGGAGACAAUAAAAAUUUUCGUUCCACUGUAAUUAUAUUGUUAAUAUUAUAUCAAUUUUGUUACAUUAUAAAUUGUGUUGACUCUAAAGGUUUACUAACAAAAAAAGAUGAAAAUUUUUAAUUAACUAAUUCUCAUAAGACAAAUAUGGAUGCUGAAUAUAAACGAAUUUUCUUAUAUGAAUCUUAUGUACGUAAAAAUAAAAUAGAAGGAAAAUUAUCAGUUAUCAGAUCAUUUGGUAAUUAUAAAUAUAAAAUAUAUAAAAAAAAUUUUUUUUAAAAAAGUUUUAGAACUUAUUUCGAUAGUAAUAUGUUAACUUUUAUUAAAUUUAGUUUAAAUAAUUAUAAAGACAUUGGAAUAUCAAACUUUUUUUUUUUAACUAGAUAUAAUUCUAUGCUUUUUCAUAUAUAUAAAAGUGAUUACUAUAAAUCUCGUUUAACUAAGCAUAACAAGAAGAAAAAUUCUUUAUAUAAAGCUCAUCCAAAUAAUAAUUCAUGUAAUAAAAAGGAGUAACAUUGUUAUUUAAUAGAUAUAAUCAUCUAUAAAAACUUAAUUAAGAUACCAAGAAAGGAAGAAAAAAAAAAAUUUAUUAAAAAUAAUAUCAUCAAUAAUUCAUCAAACAAAUUAAACGUAAAAUACAAACAAAACUCAUAUAUAUUUUAUAAGAGUAAAAAACACAAUGUAUCAAAAAAUAAAGAAUUUUCAAUAAAUAAUGUAAAUAAUUUUAAUAAAUAUUCCUUUUUUUUUUUUUUUUCUAAGAAAAAAUAAAAAGAUUUAGAAGAAAAUUCACAUUUUAAUUACAAAAAAGAAGUCUCUUGUAAUGAAAAUAUCAAAAUAUUUAAAUGUUUGUGUGUUUCAAAAAAAGCUUACGAGAAACUACAUUUACUUCUUUUAUAAAAAAAAUUUGCUUUAACUUUACAAAGUAAAUAUCAAAAUAUAAAAGAAACUUUUUUAAAUAUAAAAAAAGUUGCAUUAUUAAAUCAAAUGGAAAAUAUUAAUUCCUCUAAAUUAAAUUCAAUGAUUAAUCAUUUUAUUGAAUUAUGAUUUUUAUAAAAAAAACAAUUAGUUAUCAUCUGUCUUCCUGAUAUAAUAAAAUUAAAAUUAACUAAAAAUUAUGAUUUCUUAGUUUUAUCUAGUGACGUAUUAUGUGAUGUCCUAAAUAUAUAAGAAAUUAUAAGAUAUAUUAAAUCAUCACAAAAGAUAAAUGUUAAUUUACAAAGGGUUGUUAAAAACAUGAUAAAAUAUGCUAUUAGGGUAAAAAAAAAAAAAAAAAAAAAAGUAGAUAACAUAACAACCAUAUUAAUUUAA